UGCAAGUCCUCUGGUAUCAAUUGGACGCCGUGUGACUUCCCCAAGGCGGCUCUACCCGUGCAAUGUGCCAACCUAUCAGUACCUCUAGACUACUCAAGCUCGAACUCCUCCGAGACAAUGACCUUGCCUGUGUUCCGUGUGCAAGCAGCAGUGGACGAGGCCUCCAAGAAGGGCAGCAUUCUCUAUAACUGCGGCGGCCCGGGAUCCGACUGUGUGAACGACUUGAUCUCAUUGGGGGACGUUUUACAAGCCGCGACUGGUGGGUACCACGACAUUGUCACAUUCACCCCCCGAGGAACCGGGAAAACUCUCCCAUUUGAAUGCUUCACGGAUAAUCUCAGUCGAGCUGUCGGGAUGCCCGCAUUAGUUGGAAACGCAUCCGACGUCGUCGUUGGAGAUACCUGGGCCAAGAGUACCCUCUACGCUAACACCUGUGCCGCGGUCCAGAACAAGACCGGCAACCUCAUUGGAACUGCUUUUGUUGCUAGAGACAUGAUGCAGAUUGUGGACGCACUCAAAGAGGAUGGUCUGCUCCGAUACUGGGGUAUUUCCUAUGGUACCUUGCUUGGUUCAACUGUCUUGGGCAUGUUCCCCGAUCGUGUCGACAAGAUCCUCUUGGACGGUGUAGUCAACCCGUUCCAAUACUAUGCCAACUUCGAGACGGAGACAUUCGUGGAUGCCGAUGCCACAUUCGAGGGAUUCUGUAAAGGGUGUGUAGAGAACCCGGAUGUUUGCCCCCUGGCAAAGAACCAAACGGCAGAGCAGCUCCAGGAUUCCAUCUACACCUUCCUUGAGCAGGUCAGACUAAAUCCCAUCCCUAUCCCAUCUCCUGGAGGAGGUGGCUCGGUGCUUGACUACAGCACCGUCAAGGGAUCAUACUUGUACGUCCAGCUCAAGUUCCCAUCGGCCUGGCAGUCCAUUGCGAAGAGCCUCGACGCCCUCAUGAACGGAGGCGAGUCCGCCGGUGACGGCAUCGGGGGCGGCGAGUCGUCCGAAGUAUCGCCCAGCUCGCCCGAUGCGCUGUACGGCAUCAAGUGCGGCGACACCUUCACCGAGAACCAGACAUUCGAGGACGUGCUCCCCGCCCUGGACACCCGGAUCAACGGCAACCGGAUCGCGGGCGAGAUCACCGCACCCUCUGUUUGCGCGAACUGGAAGCUCCCAGCCAAGGAGCGGUACUCGGGCGAUUUCCGCGUCAAGCCCCUGAACCCGGCUCUUGUUAUUGGAAACACCUACGAUCCAGUGACGCCCCUCGUCUCGGCUCGCAAUGUGAGCGAGACCUUGGAGGGAAGCGUUCUCCUCCAGCAUGAUUCGUACGGACAUACCAGCAUCAUGCAGGCAUCGCUUUGCACUGCCAAGGCAAUCCGGGCUUACUUUGUCCGCGGUGAGCUCCCUCAGCCAGGUGCCAAAUGCCAGAUCGAUACUUUUCCGUUUUCUGGGACGCACGGGUGGAAAGAAGUCAUCCCUCGACUGGCUGCUGAGCCAAUCCAGCCCAAGCAGUAG